AUGAGUUAUGAACCUAACACAACCCUUAACCUUAGUUUAUCCAACAACAAUGAGUUGAAGCAGCGGCGGGGUUCUCCGUCGCCGGCGGCGUUGAUCCCAGCGGAGCCGCCGCGAGUGUUCUCGUGCAACUAUUGCCGGAGGAAAUUCUAUAGCUCACAAGCCCUGGGUGGCCACCAAAACGCUCACAAGCUGGAGAGAACCCUAGCGAAGAAGAGCCGGGAGAUGAGCUUAGCAGUCCGGCCGCCGGCCGCCGGAGCUACUGGGCCUAGUAGCCCCUCGUUUUUUGGCUAUGCAGCUAGGCUUGGGACUGAUGAUGAUGAUGAUGAUGGAAUGAGGGGAAUGGUUUAUGGGUCUUCUAGAAAUAAUGAAAAUAAUGGUCAAGAGGAUUUUACUCAACUUGACUUGUCUCUUAGGCUUUGA